UCUAAAUUUGUUUAACAACGAAUGCCGUAUUGUUUACCUGGACCUAUCAAGAUGGGGACGUCUGCGUACAUAUUUAUCCUCACUUUUCUCUCCUUCUGUGCAGUUUUUACUGAGGCACAGUAUGAGGAUAAGAGAUGUAUCUGUAUAUGCCCUGACCCUUCUGUCAUAAAUGGUACCAAGAGUAACCGCAUGGUCUACAAGGAACCUGUUGCCCCAAGCAAAUGUGACUGUGACAAUGUUGUACUACCAAGAGUAGCAGACGAUAUCAAAGGCCGUGAACAAGAAUUUUGUCCACGUUGUGAGUGCAAGUAUGAGAGCCGUAACAGUAAUACAAUCAAGGUUGUAGUAAUCCUUGUGAUAUGGAUCAUCUCCUUGUUGGUCGUGUACAUGGCCUUCCUUCAUUGCCUGGACCCACUGCUCAACAAGAGGAGGUCACAACCUUCAUACCAAGAACAUACCAAUGAGGAUGAUGAGGCAGGCACUGUUGGAGGUGCCCCAGGCAUGGCACAGCCACUUCGCGUCAGACCCAAUGUCCUUGGCCGUGUGGGACAUCAACAAGACAAAUGGAAGCGGCAGGUGCAAGAACAGCGUAGAAACAUCUAUGAUAGACACACCAUGCUAAAUUAGUUGGUGUUGGCAAUUUUUGGAACCUGGAAUUUACUUUGCUCUUGAUUUUUCUUUCUUUUGUCUUGGUCUUUUUCACUUUUUGUAAUGUACAUGGAUAUUACAAAAUUGCCUGUAUUAGGUGAUUAUGAUAAAGAUACUUUCUAUUAGUUUAUACACAUACAUUCUAAGAUGUGAUUUUUUUAUCAUUUUAUCUUGCUGCAUCUCUCUCCUAUACUCUAGCCACUCAUUGCUCUCCUCUCUUGUCUUCUCUCUCUUCAUCUUUGUUUAGCGAAUUGAUUUUGGUUAUAUAAUAGGUGAUUGUAUAAUUUAGUCUAUGUAAGGGCUGGAUAUGUACUUUUUGUAUCAUAUUAUAUAUAUAUAUAUAUAUUGCCAAACAUAGUUCCAUGUCCUUGGUAAAUGGUAUAUCAGAAUUUGAUAUGAAAGCAGUCACAUAAUAAAAGAUCUUGCAGUUCAAUCAUAGUAUGUCAUGUAUUAAAUGCAUACGCUUAUUUAUUACAUAAAUUCGCUGUUAAGUUACAGCAAAUAUUGUUGACCUAUUCACAACAGAUAACUUAUUGGGAAAUUGUGGAGAGAAUUCUCUGUAGAACUGAAAUAUAUUGAUGUUUCCUUAAUGCUUAUACUCUGCGGAAUGUUUGUAAUGUAAAGUCUGUGGUAGUAUAGGGAUGAGAAGUUACCAAGGUAACAAGUCCCAAGUAAACUGAAUUGAAUAUUUUGAAGGUGACCUAUUGCAGACACUUUUGCAUAUGUAUAGCAUGGUAAUGAAAGGCUCAACAGAAAAUAAUGUAUAAAUGUGUGAAAUGUGUAUAGCUUCUUUGUAAAGCAGAAGUGAGUAUAGUUUCUUUAGUGCAUUCUGUUUUAUAACAUAUUGCCAUAUAUUUACAUAGGCAUUUUCCACUGUUGAAAUAUUAGCUUUUCAGUAAAGGAAAAUAUGAUAUGUUUUAUUGUAGCUUUAGAAUAACAAUACUCUUGGACUUCUGUGAGUAAACCAUAUUGGAGACAUCACAAAGGAUUUAAGGAUAGAAAAAACUCCACUGUACAUAAUCAUGCUACUCAGAAGUAGUACUGUAGAAAUGGAGAUCAUACAAAAUUGACAAGUAUUACUCUUUUGAUUGCAUUGGAUCCUUAUAAACAAACCUGUAGUCACAUUAUUGGCUUAAAGUCAGCAACAAGUUUUUUUUUCUGUAAUGUGAUUCAUAAUCAUAUUAUGUGGUAGACUGAUUGAUACAUAAAUUAUAUUGCAUUCCUAAAGAAAAACAAAUGCCUGAAUGUUACACAAAUAUGUGUUAAUAGAAAUAGAAGUUAGAUAUCUAUGAAAGAAGUAGACACAUCAGUGCAAUGUAUUAAUGCAUUAGAUGAUAAAGACAAGGGAUUAAGUUUUCCUUUGCACAGAAAGUCUAGUCUUACUCAAUUAGAAGGUAGUAUGUUGAUCAGUGUUCAAGACAAAAAUAUGAAUGACUAGAAUUUUUUGGGAUAUAUACCAGAUAUAAUCAGAGUAUGGCAGUGUUUUAUCCCUAAGCAAUAUGUUUUUUCUUUGUUUUCUUAUUUUUCUUGUAUGUAUUUUAUUAAAAUUUGUGAAUAUAUCUAAACAUACCAGUUAGAACUUGCUACUAGUAUCUAAUGUCACAUACAUACAUGCAUCAUAUUAUCUUCUUAAUAAUCACAUUAGAUAAUUUUGCAUGCUAUUUGUUUUGAUUUUUUUUCAGAAAUGUUAUUGUCCUAAAAUUAUUUUGUGCUAAAGUAGCUUUUUCUGUGUUCAUUAACAGCUCUAUAUUUUUAUUGUAGAUAUUAUUACUUCCAAAUAAAUUUAUUGCAUUUUA